AUGGUGACAAUUCUAAUCUUUUUUCACUUGACAAAACAUCGCACUUUUAUCAGAGCUCCGCAAAAUCAUGGAUUAUUCAUUUUGCUCAUCGUCAAUUCUGUCCAACUUGUGUUCGAUAUUCCACUCAGCCUUAAUUUCUACAUAUCUGGAUAUGUAAAUCCACCUGUUGCAAGCCAUUGUAUAUGGUGGACAUUCUUUGAAUAUAUUAUCUAUGUAUCAAGUGAGUAUCUUUUAGCUAUCAUAUCUCUUCAACGCCAUAUAUUUAUUUUUCAUCAACAUAUUCUACGAAAACGUUGGAUAUGUCAUUUACUACAUUAUCUGCCACUUUUAUUCUGCAUUGUUUAUCCAACAGUGUUCUACAUAUACGCUGUUCUUUUGUAUCCAUGUAACAAUACUCAAUGGGAUUUCAGCAGUCGAGUAUGCGGUUUUGCUAAUUGUUAUUUGAUGUAUGGCAGUUUUCUUGGUACGUUCGAUCUCGUGAUGAACAACGGUGUUCCAGUUGCGAUUGACAUUAUAUCUAAUACAGUUUUGAUUGCACGAGUGUUUCUACAGAAACGUCGUGUGCGACAAUUGAGCAGAUGGCGUCAGCAACGACGCAUGUUAAGACAGUUAUUGUCUGUUUCAGCACUUUAUCUAGUCGGAUGGACACCGUUUCUUCUGGUAUAUAUUGUCAAUGUUCUUGUCGAUCCAACUUUCCUUAAUUAUAUUCAGCAAAAUUACUUCAGUGAUCUCAUUUAUAUCAUUUAUUUCUUUUUCCCAUGGGUGUGGCUCGGCUUCUUUCCUGAUCUGACCGGACGAAUUGUGCGAAAAUGCUGUCGUCAAAGAACAGACAAUGUGAUUGGAAUUACACCGACACGUAUUGUCGCUGAAUCCGUACUAUGA